AUGCCAGGACCAUACGAACAAGUGAUAGUUGCACCAUUGGUGUUGUUGUCUGUUUUGGACCACCAUCAACGUACAAAUACCCCGGAUAACAAGAGAUGUUUAGGUGUUAUAUUGGGAGACAGCUCUACAGGGGUUGUUACUGUGACCAAUUCGUUUGCGCUACCAUUUGAGGAAGACGAGAAGAACCCAGACGUGUGGUUUUUGGACCACAAUUACAUUGAGAACAUGAAUGAAAUGUGCAAGAAGAUCAAUGCGAAGGAAAAGCUUAUUGGAUGGUACCAUAGCGGAGGCAAAUUAAGGGCUUCAGAUCUCAAGAUUAACGAAAUGUUCAAGAAGUACUGUAGUAAUAAUAACCCUGUGCUUUUGAUCAUCGAUGUCAAACAAGAAGAUAUUGGGUUGCCCACGAAUGCUUACGUAGCAGUGGAGCAGAUCAAGGACGAUGGUACUUCUACUGAGAGGACUUUCAUGCAUAUACCUAGCACUGUUGAAGCCGACGAAGCGGAGGAAAUUGGUGUAGAGCAUCUAUUGAAGGAUGUGCGUGACCAGGCUGCUGCAGGGCUCUCGAUCAAGCUCACAAACCAGUUGAAGUCUCUCAAGGGUCUCCAGGGGAAACUUAGGGAUAUAGUGGCGUACUUGCAAAAAGUCGCCGACAACGAACUACCAGUCAACCACACUAUAUUGGGAAAACUCCAGGACAUCUUCAAUCUACUACCCAACCUUGGAACACCAGAAAAGGAUGAAAUGGUAGGCGAACAACAGCAUGUUCUCGACAACGUCAGUAACAACCUGGAAAAGGCUCUAACGGUGAAAACCAACGACGAAUUAAUGAUCAUCUACAUAAGUAACUUGGUGAGAGCCAUCGUUGCGUUCGAUAACUUGAUCGAAAACAAAAUCCAAAAUAAGAAGUUGAUGGAAAAGCACUCUAACAUCAACUUUGAUAAAAAAGAUGAAUCAAACAAUGCGUCUACUGUUACUGAAGAAUCAAAGUCUGUAUCUACUAAGAAUUAA